CGAUUGAUGAUGCUGUACUUCUGAACCCAUUUUCCGGGGCUGGGCAGGGCAGCGGGAACCUGCCACUUCUUUUCUGGGGGCUCAAGGGCUUUUAUUUCGCGUCUGUUACAUUUUUAAAAUGCAAGCCCCACGUGGGGCAAAUACGAUGCUACCUUCUACCAGGCCUUCCCCCUACACAAACACACACACACACACACACACACACACACACACACACACACACACACGUUCCUUUGCCAUCAAACCCACACUCUGAAUUUCCCAUGGAGAAAGACAAGGUUUCUAUAAGGUUAGCUGGUUGGGUUUUUAACCCCCACCCACCCACCCCCGUCUGGAAGUGACAGAGGUGUCCCGUCCUUUGGUCCUUUGGGUGCAGGAGAAGGCUCUUCACAAGGUGGCGGGAGGCCGGGCAGCCUCAGCUGCUGGAGCCUGAAGAGAGAGGAACCGGCUUUUCCUUUACAGAUGGCUGCAGAGUUUAAUGCAGAGAAAAUGGGAGCUGGGAAGGGGAGACGAGGAGGGAACCCCCGUUAGUACCCGCUUCUUUAAAAAUGGCCAAAUGGGGUGCGUUUGUACUGCAGGCAGCUGCCCAGAUGUUGGUUCACAUUGGAUUUAGGAUGGUCUCCCCAGCGCUGCUCCUUGAAAGGCAUGGGGGCUGCCUGUGUGUAACCAGUAACUCACCGCCUUUCUCUGGUCCCUUGCUUGUUAGCAGAGUAACUGCUCAGCCAAUUCAGACAAAUUUUGCUAAAUUUCCAAGGGAUGGCUCUUCUAAUAAUAGCUCUAACCGUGGCUCCUUAAUAGACAUCCUCGUUUUGAAUGAUGCAGCCGUGCCAGCUCUCUGAGAAGCGUGGCUUGCCGAGAGCUGGGAUCCAAUGCCUAGAAAGGACUCCCUGACCCCACCAUGAAUGGACCAGGCUCUGCCUCCCCUAUGAAUGGAACAUCCCAACAGAGGCUGCUGUUACUGCUCCUGGCUCAUUUCAGUUGGAAUCCUCCCCCAAUCUGAUGAGAGGGAUGGACACUCAGAAAACCCAAACAGACGCAUUUCUAAAUAUAGGAUGGUCCCUGUUCAAUUUCGGAUUGAUGGCGACGUUUAACUGCAGGAUGGUUCCACUGCCUCUACCCCCAUCUCUGCAUGGGUUCGCCUCAUCCCUUCCCAAACCUUUUGAUUGAUGUGUGGGAAAGUACCAGUCAGUCAAAAAACCCAGGACAAAGGGCAGAGUUCAUGCCAGGCAGCCGCCAGCGGCUUGGGGAAAGUACCUUUAAAGCUGCCUGCAAACCUGCAUCCCUUAGACUUCAUGAACUAGGCUAUGCAUGCCUGCAUCAAAACAUGCAACAGAGUGCGGGGGAGGGGGGUGGCUGGAGCUGUACGCAGUGUUUUAUUGUUCCUGGUCUUUAAAUUGCAUCAAACUCAUCCAUAGCUUUUGGCCCCUAAAAAAAAAUCAGAGCCUCGGAUCAUCAGAAAAUCUGGUUUUAAUUCUCUUUAAGUGUUACUUGUCUCUCACAAUCUCCAGCACCAGGAGACGGGCCAUCUUGUACCUUGUCUUCUGUAGGCUGAGUGAUCCAUUCUAUUGCCAGCGAAUUUCCCGAAGCACAACAGGAAUGAUAAUCUUGUGGCAAUUAGAUUAGAUCGCAUUUCAUACUUAGACGUCACAUAGCUUCCACUUUCUUUAAUUGGAGGUAAUAUUGGGACAUGGCUUGAAAUGGCGCUGUACGGUGUAGUCAAUGAGUAUAAAGUUGCCUCUGGAGAAGUUGCAAAGAAGUGAGGUCUGCGAUGACGGAGGGCCGUCGAUGUCAAGUACAUCUCCUUGAUGACAGGAAGCUGGAACUCCUAGUACAGCCCAAGCUUUUGGCUAAGGAGCUUCUUGACCUCGUGGCAUCUCAUUUCAACCUGAAGGAGAAGGAAUACUUUGGAAUAGCGUUCACAGAUGAAACGGGACACUUGAACUGGCUCCAACUAGAUCGAAGAGUCCUGGAACAUGACUUCCCCAAAAAGUCUGGGCCGGUGGUUCUGUUCUUCUGUGUCAGAUUCUAUAUAGAAAGCAUCUCUUACCUGAAGGACAACGCUACCAUUGAGCUCUUCUUCCUGAACGCCAAGUCCUGCAUCUACAAGGAGCUCAUUGAUGUUGACAGUGAGGUGGUGUUUGAAUUAGCUUCCUAUAUUUUACAGGAAGCAAAGGGAGAUUUCUCUAGCAAUGAGGUGGUGAGAAGUGACCUGAAAAAGCUGCCAGCCCUUCCCACCCAAGCCCUGAAGGAACACCCCUCCCUGGCCUACUGUGAAGACAGAGUCAUUGAGUACUACAAGAAACUGAAUGGCCAGACCAGGGGACAAGCGAUUGUGAACUACAUGAGUAUCGUAGAAUCUCUCCCAACCUACGGUGUCCACUAUUAUGCAGUGAAGGACAAGCAGGGGAUACCGUGGUGGCUGGGACUGAGCUACAAAGGAAUUUUCCAGUAUGACUACCAUGAUAAAGUGAAGCCAAGGAAGAUAUUCCAAUGGAGGCAGUUGGAGAAUCUGUAUUUCAGGGAAAAGAAGUUUUCCGUGGAAGUUCAUGACCCUCGCAGGGCUUCCGUGACCAGGAGGACUUUUGGGCACAGUGGCAUUGCCGUGCACACAUGGUACGCGUGUCCGGCGCUAAUCAAGUCUAUCUGGGCGAUGGCGAUUAGCCAACACCAGUUCUAUCUGGACAGAAAGCAGAGUAAGUCCAAGAUCCAUGCGGCUCGAAGUCUGAGUGAGAUCGCCAUUGACCUAACAGAGACAGGGACGCUGAAGACCUCAAAACUGGCCAACAUGGGGAGCAAGGGGAAGAUCAUCAGCGGCAGCAGUGGAAGCUUGCUGUCCUCAGGUUCUCAGGAGUCAGAUAGCUCGCAGUCAGCCAAGAAAGACAUGCUGGCUGCCCUGAAAUCCAGGCAGGAAGCUCUGGAGGAGACGCUACGCCAGAGGCUGGAGGAACUGAAGCGAUUGUGUCUCCGGGAAGCUGAACUCACGGGAAAGCUGCCUGUUGAGUAUCCCCUGGAUCCAGGAGAGGAACCGCCUACUGUUCGGAGAAGGAUUGGAACAGCCUUCAAGCUGGAUGAGCAGAAGAUCCUGCCUAAAGGAGAGGAAGCUGAGCUGGAACGCCUGGAACGAGAGUUUGCAAUUCAGUCCCAGAUCACCGAGGCUGCCCGCCGUCUAGCCAGCGACCCCAAUGUCAGCAAAAAACUGAAGAAGCAAAGAAAAACCUCUUAUCUGAAUGCACUGAAGAAGCUGCAGGAGAUCGAAAAUGCAAUCAACGAGAACCGCAUCAAGUCAGGGAAGAAACCCACCCAGAGGGCUUCGCUUGUCAUUGAUGAUGGAAAUAUCGCCAGUGAAGACAGCUCUCUCUCGGAUGCCCUUGUUCUGGAAGAUGAAGACUCUCAGGUUACCAGCACAAUAUCCCCCUUACAAUCGCCACACAAGGGCCUCCCUCCUCGGCCUCCGUCAACGCACAACAGGCCUCCUCCCCCGCAGUCCCUGGAGGGACUCAGGCAGAUGCACUAUCACCGUACCGACUAUGACAAGUCACCCUUAAAGCCCAAAAUGUGGAGUGAGUCAUCUUUAGACGAGCCUUAUGAGAAAGUGAAGAAACGCUCCUCCCACGGUCAUUCCAGUAGCCACAAGCGUUUUCCCAGCACAGGGAGCUGUACUGAGGCAGGAGUAAGCAGCUCCCUGCAGAAUAGUCCCAUCCGGAGCCUCCCACACUGGAAUUCCCAGUCUAGCAUGCCAUCCACCCCAGACCUGCGCGUCCGGAGUCCCCACUACGUUCAUUCCACAAGGUCGGUGGACAUCAGCCCCACGAGACUGCACAGCCUCGCACUGCACUUUAGGCAUCGAAGCUCCAGCUUGGAGUCCCAGGGCAAGCUCCUGGGCUCAGAGAACGACACCGGAAGCCCCGACUUCUACACCCCGAGGACUCGUAGCAGCAAUGGCUCAGACCCCAUGGAUGACUGCUCAUCCUGCACCAGCCACUCGAGCUCUGAACACUACUACCCGGCCCAGAUGAAUGCCAACUACUCAACGCUGGCUGAGGACUCGCCAUCCAAGGCGCGGCAGCGACAGCGACAGAGGCAGCGGGCAGCAGGCGCGCUGGGCUCAGCUAGCUCUGGCAGCAUGCCCAAUCUGGCGGCACGCAGCGGGGCUGCGAGCGCGGGAGGUGGCGUGUACCUGCACAGCCAGAGCCAGCCGAGCUCGCAGUACCGCAUCAAGGAGUACCCACUAUAUAUCGAGGGCAGUGCCACACCCGUGGUGGUACGCAGCCUGGAGAGCGACCAGGAGGGCCACUACAGCGUCAAGGCGCAGUUUAAGACCUCCAACUCUUACACGGCUGGUGGUCUGUUCAAAGAGAGCUGGCGCGGCGGUGGUGACGAGGGCGAUGCAGGCCGCCUUACGCCAUCGCGCUCUCAGAUCCUGCGGACUCCUUCCUUGGGGCGUGACGGCGCCCAUGACAAAGGCUCCGGCCGCGCUGCUGUGUCCGAUGAGCUGCGCCUGUGGUACCAGCGCUCCACAGCCUCGCACAAGGAGCACAGCCGCCUGUCGCACACCAGCUCCACUUCCUCAGACAGCGGCUCUCAGUACAGCACCUCUUCCCAGAGCACCUUCGUGGCGCACAGCAGGGUCACCAGGAUGCCCCAGAUGUGCAAGGCCACAUCAGCUGCCUUACCUCAAAGCCAGAGAAGCUCAACACCGUCAAGUGAAAUUGGAGCCACCCCACCAAGCAGUCCCCACCACAUCCUGACCUGGCAGACUGGGAGCUACGGUGACAGCUGCUUCCUGGAUUCCUCCCUCUAUCCAGAGCUAGCUGACGUCCAAUGGUACGGGCAGGAAAAAGCCAAGCCCGGGACCCUCGUGUGAGCCGGCCGACCGGGCCGAUGUGAGCACCGCCACGCCAUUCCAAGUCACCUCACUGCCUCUCAUUUGCCUUACCCAGAUGCACUGUCACCUGCACCAGCUUCGGCCCUCAGCACUUUUUUUCUCCUAUCUCCACAUCCCUUUCAACCUCAAAACCCUGACUGAGGAGACGUUCUGGAAGGUUCCGAACCCACUGUGUGUCCCUGGCUCUCUUGUCCGGAGAGCCAGAUAACAAUCCUCAAUGGCACCUUGGUGGUUUCCCUCUGCCAUGACAGCCCCAGGCCACAGACUGUCGGGGAAGCCAACACAUGCAAUUCCUGUGGAAGAGAAGCCUUGGUAGAGAACGAGGAAAGCAAGCCCUGCCCGCAGAGACUGUGAAGCUGUUUCCGGCUGCCACCCUGGGCCAACCGUAGUGCUUCUAGAGGAGAGCACCGAGUGGGGAUAUCGGUUUCCACCUGAAAUAAAUAUUCAGUAGUCAAACAGCCAGCAAGAGUUCCUAAGGUGAAGCGUUAGGAUUGGUGCUCCAGAGACGCAUUGGAAGAUUCCAACCGGUUCUAUGCUGCCAAAGAUUAGACACAUUCAACAAUGAACAGAGAGGAGGGGCCGAGAGGAACACACUUUUUCUGCAGUGAAAUUUCAAGUCUAAAUUGCUUCUAUGCAGCCCCAGUGAAGGUCAACCCUUUGUAGACCACGUCCUGUCAUGUGUGACCCAUCUUCUGGAGCACUCCAUGUCCCCGGAUCUGAGAGACUGGGAACAAACCCAACAGGACACUGAAGAUGAAGGGCUUGACUGGCCUGGCAGACUCGGAUGUGAAGGAAAACAGAGGUUGGGACAGGGGAGCCGGGUACCGUUAGGACUGCCCUAUGCAGGGGCCUCAGCCUACGCCCCCAAAGCUUCUUUCUUGUUGGGAUUGGGAGGAAGCUGAAGGUGAUCAUUGCCAAAAGCAGUUCUCUCUCGUUAAAAACAACCAGUAAAAGUGUAACCUUUCUUUUUUUUUUUUUUUUUUUUGGUACAAGGCCUUUCAUUUUCCUUUUUUUAUGGGAAACCAAGGGAAAAAGCACACUGCGAUCUAGUCAAGUGUUUUACUGUUGUGGCUCAUUGUAUGUUUGUCAACCCUUGUAUGAACCUGGACAGACCUCUCCUGUGUGUCGCUUAGUCAGAGAACUCAAGUACGCCCUUAGGUAGGAAGAUUUUUUUUUUUACACAUGUCUACCAGUCGGCAGGCAGAACAGAGUUCAGACAACUCAGCUUCCAAAGGGCCCAUCCACCUCCGGCAGUAUCUGUGACCUUGAUCUAUAUACCACCUCUGUCCACAGAUACCAAGAGGGAAAAAAAGGCAAAAAAAAAAAAAAAAAUUCAAAUAAAAAGCAUGCGUGCAAGCUGCUCGUUUACAUGUGUUUUGAGCUAUGCUUAACACACAACCGAAAAGCCAUCAAUCUUCAAAGGCCUCAGAAUUACUUUUGUAAUAACUAACCAGCGCACAGUCUUAGUCGAGUUACUAAAGAUGGCGCAGGAGUCUCUGUGGAGGUAGUGCGUGUGCAUCUGUGCAAGCGCAAGGCUUGCAGGGUUACUUCUGCAAAGCCUUCCUGUGGGAAGUGCACCUAGGACCAGGAGCCAGGAGGAAAGCAAAUGUAGAAGUUAGCUGUGGCAUCAAACGAAAAGACUUUGCUUCUCGUGUAUGUAAAUCAAAGAAUAACAAUAGACUCUAUGAGACCAGGAAGGUUAAGAAAUGGAUGGGGGGGGGGGGGCUGCGGAUUUAGCUCAGUGGUAGAGCGCUUACCUAGGAAGCGCAAGGCCCUGGGUUCGGUCCCCAGCUCCGAAAAAAAGAACCAAAAAAAAAAAAAAAAAAAAAAAAAAAAAGAAAUGGAUACCGGAAAGGGCUAAUCCUGUGGCUCACUUUGCAGUGGCUUGGAAAGCUCUGGAAGUCAAGUGGGGGCAUUCAUACCAUAUGGCUCGCCACGGCCUUCUCUCGCCCAUUCGAGGCUGGGUACCCCAGAGCUGGGCAUGAUGAGCCCAGCUUCCAGAAACAGUACUCUUCCCAGACACGUCAGGGAUAACCCUAUAGGAAGGGUAGGAACUGGAUACAAUGGUACAAAAUGACCCUGGGGCUCCAUGGAGACGGGGCUACCUUUGUUGCUCCUAGUUCAAUAAUGGGAGCUACAAAAGAGGUUCUUUGGGGGAUUAUUCCUUCCUUCCUUAGCUAAUAGGAAAUGUGACACACUGUGCCCAUUUUCUUUGAUCCCAAAGGAGAUGCCUGAGUAAUUAGCCUGAACUAUGGUGCAACAAAGUCCAAAAGGAAACAAAGAACAAGACAAGGUUACAUGGUUACGGGUUGUAACACAGACAGUGGUUUGGAAAUCAAUUCCGAAGUCCUUCGGAUCUAUGAGAGAUACAGAGAGAAUUUAAGUGUAAUAGAUCUGGGGAGCAGAGGGAAUCGGAGUGGGAGCCGUGAACACCAUCGCGAUGGUCUGGUAGUAAGGACAGAGAUUAAGUAAAACAGGUUUUACUGUUUAGCUGUGUUCGGUUACUACAAUGUACAUAGUAUAGUAAGCGUUAGUCCUUUGAGACGGACAUGAUAAAUGGUCGCUGUGGUUGGUGGUGAACGCUCUAGCUAUUGUAUCCAAGCACCUGAAAACUCUUGACAGAUCCCCAUUUCUUUAAAGGAAGAUGAAACAUGAAGUCCCCAGUCUGAUCUAAAGCCCCUAUUGGAUUCGUCGGGUACAUGUAAGAGAUUGCUUGUUUCAGCCAGAAAACUAUGUUGUGAGCCAGGUUGGUUUCUCUUGUUUUAUGCAGGUGAGUGUUGGAACUGUUCAAAACCCGGUUCGUUUUUCAUCCAGUAUUAGUUUAGUUCUAAAUAUAGCAAGCCUCACCCAGGUGCUAUCAGAUGACCAAUUACUGCUUAGUUAACUAGGUGUAAAGUUUUACAUAUCCAUUCAUGUCAAUAGUUUAUUACGAGUUGUGGAAAAUGGACUCUAGUUUAAUAAUUGGGGGGAAAGGUUAGGUCGCUCCUGACUGACUGUAGAGCAUGUAAGAUGAUUUUCCUGGAUUCUGUUCAACUGUAACCAAUGAAAAAGAUGUAUGUUGUAGACAAAGUUGCAGAAUUAAAAAAAAGAAAUCUGCUUUUAAUUUAUUCUUUUUGUAUUAAGAAUUUGUAUAGUACCUUUACAUUUUUCAGAACAGUGUUGUCAACACUUAUUAAAGCAUUUUCAAAAUGAAAA